GGCGGCUCCUCGGGGCGGCGGGGGCUGCGGGCGCUUCGAGCGGGGGAUGGAGCCGCGGCUCUGAGCGGAUCGAACCUCCGGCUGCGGCGAGAUUUCCCGGAGGGGCCCCCGCCGCUGGCGAUGACCGGAGAGAAGCUGCGCUCGCUGCGCAGGGACCACAAGCCCAGCAAGGAGGACGGGGACCUCCUGGCGCCCGGCGAGGAGGAGGCGGCCGCCGCGCCCGGGGGCAUCUUCACCGGGGGGCGCGGGAGCAGCGGCAAGGGCGGGCGGGCCGGCGGCCACCGCAUCUUCAGCAACCACCACCGGCUGCCGCUGAAGGGGGGGCCGGCGGCCGGCGGGACGGGCCCGCCCGCAGAGCCCGACAAGUGCCCGGCGCACUUCCCCGUCCACGAGUGCGUCUUCAAGGGGGACGUGAGGCGGCUCUCGGCCCUCAUCCGCACCCAGGGCAUCAGCCAGAAGGACAGUCACGGAAACACUCCUUUGCAUCUUGCUGUGAUGCUGGGACAUAAAGAAUGUGCCCACUUGCUUUUAGCCCAUAAUGCUCCAGUAAAGGUGAAAAAUGCUCAGGGAUGGAGCCCUCUUGCAGAAGCCAUCAGCUAUGGAGACAGACAAAUGAUUACAGCACUCCUAAGGAAGCUGAAACAGCAGUCCAGGGAAAGUGUUGAAGAAAAGAGACCUCGAUUAUUAAAAGCCCUGAAAGAGCUAGGUGACUUCUAUCUAGAGCUUCACUGGGAUUUUCAAAGUUGGGUGCCUUUACUUUCCCGAAUUCUGCCUUCUGAUGCAUGUAAAAUACACAAACAAGGUAUAAAUAUCAGGCUGGACACAACUCUCAUAGACUUUACAGACAUGAAGUGCCAACGAGGGGAUUUGAGCUUCAUUUUUAACGGUGACGCCGCUCCCUCCGAAUCUUUUGUAGUUUUAGACAAUGAACAAAAAGUUUACCAGCGAAUACAUCAUGAGGAAUCUGAGGUGGAAACAGAGGAAGAGGUUGACAUUUUAAUGAGCAGUGAUAUUUACUCAGCAACAUUAUCAACCAAAUCAAUCACCUUCACACGUGCCCAAACGGGAUGGCUCUUCCGAGAGGACAAAACAGAAAGAGUAGGAAACUUUUUGGCAGAUUUCUACUUGGUUAAUGGGCUUGUAUUGGAGUCAAGGAAAAGAAGAGAACAUCUCAGUGAGGAGGAUAUUCUUCGAAAUAAAGCUAUCAUGGAGAGCCUGAGUAAAGGUGGCAGCUUAAUGGAACAAAACUUUGAGCCUGUCAGGAGGCAGUCGCUCACCCCCCCCUCACCCAACACCAUCACCUGGGAGGAGUACAUCUCUGCUGAGAAUGGAAAAGCUCCUCAUCUGGGCAGAGAACUGGUCUGCAAAGAAAGCAAGAAAACCUUCAAAGCCACGAUAGCUAUGAGCCAGGAAUUUCCCUUAGGAAUUGAGUCGUUGUUGAAUGUUUUAGAAGUAAUUGCACCCUUCAAGCACUUUAACAAACUUAGAGAAUUUGUUCAAAUGAAGCUUCCACCAGGCUUCCCUGUGAAGUUAGAUAUUCCUGUGUUCCCCACCAUCACAGCCACUGUGACUUUCCAGGAGUUCCGUUACGAUGAGUUUGAUGACUCCAUCUUCACUAUUCCUGAUGACUACAAGGAGGAUCCCAGCCGUUUUCCUGACCUCUAACUCAGCUGGAAGGCUCAUGGGGAAUAACAGCACCAGCAGGGAAAGCAAAGGGAUGCACAGAGCCCACGGGGAGAGGUAGAACCCUGGGUCAUACAGGAAGGGAUAAACUUAAUCACACAGAAGAAAAGGGAACAUGCAUCAAAUGACUGAUGUACUGAUACUCACUCUAACGGGCAUCUAGGCUAGUUCCUGAUUUACAGCAAGUCCCCUGAUGUGUCCUUCACACUUUUAUACAUCCAGUGCUGCAAGUGGUAGUCUGGCACCUCGGUGACCCUGAGAAUACUUAACAGCUGUGAGGACUAUCCUUUGUUUUUAAAUUUUUUACAUUUCUUGGUGAUACAAAAAGCACUCUUGGACCAUUAGCAUAAAAGUUGAGAUGUCUUAGCUGGAUAUUAGCCCUAUAAAGCACCCCGCCCUACUUAAGAUGACCAUAUUAUAUUCUUUCAAGCUUUGUUUUCAUGAAUUGUAAACUAUGUAUCAUUAUGUAUAGCUCAGUAAUUUGAAUGUUAGUUGAACGUAUAUUAGAAGGAAUGUGUUUUCUGUAGAUGUAUGAACCAAAAGGUAACCAUUAAACUUCUGCAUUCUCAUCCUGCAAUACACAUCAGAAGUAGGAUUGGCUCUGCAGGGAAUCAGGUACCUCCUCUAGCACCCUAGUGGUGCUGUCUGUCUCUGACACACUCAGUUCUUCACCCAGCUCUUUGUUCAGCUUCCUUUCUUCAGCUCUCUGCUCAACUCCUUGUCAUUGGAAGCCCCUGCUGUGUCAGUCAUGCUGUGGGGGUUAGCAUGCUCAGAGGUUCUUCAGCUAGAAGUUGUCACUUUCUGCUUCUUUUGUCACCUUCACUUAGGAGACUUGCUCCAUAAUGGUCGAGUACUGAUGGGGGUGUCUUUGUGUUUGUCUUCAGCACAGGAUGCAGAGUUCCUAGAGCAGGAAGCUCAGGCAAUGAAUCUUCAUGUAAGGAAAAGUAUCCCUUGAAGUUAGUUUAAUUGUAGUGCACAUUGAAUAGAGCUGGCACUGGAAGGUUUUAUUUGCAAAUGCUGAGGAUGUUUCCAGAUAAGUUUCCUUCCUCUUUGAACAGGUAGGUGGCUCAGUCCUUUAGCUUCUUGAGUUUAUCCUCAUUCCAAGUGGUUCCAGUCUCCUAAUUUGACACGAAUCCAGCUUUUUGGUUUGUUAGGAAGAAUUUGUGGAAAAAGGCUAAUGGUGCUAUUUGUUUGUAUUAAGAAAUUUAGAUUCAAGUGCUGUGGUGUAAUUGUACAAAAAUGUAAAUAUUUUCAAAAUUAUAUUCUUUGUGCACUGUAGUUAAAACUUUUUUUCUGGAAAUGCAUAGAGUUAACUAUCAAACUUUAUAAUACUAUAAAGAGUACCAUCAAUGUGCUUAGUGGAGGUAGUAACCAACCUAACUAACCACCCAGGUGAGGAAGGGAGAUGGUUUGGCACCAGGCAAUAACAGCUUGACUGGUCAGGCACCUUGACAGAAGUGAGCCUGGAGGUUGGGAAGCAGAUGUUCUUUCCCAGCAUCUGGAAUCUGCCCAUGUCCCCCCCAGAGAGGCUGCUCUGGGGGAGCCCAAGUGUCCCCCCUGGGCCUGGAAUCAGCACCAGGCCAAAGCAGAGGCACUGAGGUGAGGGUGAGCCCCACCUGGCACCACCAUAAGUCUGCAGGGCUGCCCCCUGAGUGAUGCUCACUCUGCAGGCUGGGGUGGAUAACACUGGAGUUAUUAAUUCAACCUGAAAAUAAACCUCCAGGGGAACAAGGCAAAGGAAGGGUGGAACUGUAAUGGCUUUUCAGGGACUCUGUCUGUAGCAGAUGUUGAACACGCAGUAGGAAGGACAGAGCAUGUUCUGAGUGCUGCUGAAUUCCUGCAGUGUUUCCCAUCUGAGACACCAGCUGAGCCCCAGGUGUGUCACACCAGGGGACUGUCCUUAGGGACAGGGCUCCCUGCCAGGGGUGGGGGCAGGGGGAGAUCUCAGCCCUUCCUCCCCAGGGUGAAGGGUUUGUGCAGUGCUGCUGGGGGGGCUCCUGUGCUGGGUGGGAGGGCAGGUGCCCUCUGGACCACCAAGUUUGGAAAUUUCAGCAAAUGCAGAGGAAUGUUUCUGCUUGAGGGAAGUGUGAGCAGUGCUGCUGCUGGGUGUCCCAGGGAAAGAACCAUGUUUCUUGUUUUACUUUGUGCUUUUGGUUAUUCCAGAUGACCCACACAGAAGCAGGAAGGGCAGGAGUAGCUGCUGGAGCCAUGUGGGUUAGGCACUGGGUUCUAGACUUUAAAAAAAAAAAAAAAGGAAAAAGGACUAAGUUUUUUGUAUAUCCUGCCAGGAGAGCAGAGGCUCUGUCUGCUCCUGGAGCAGCCCCUUCUCCUCUGCUGGUGGCAGAGGUGUGCUGGUGGGCCCCUGCUUUGUGGAGAUGUUUCCUGUGCUUGCCAUGGACUCAGGCUGCAGAUCUUCUGGGUGUUUUAACCUUCCUGAUGACACAGCUCCCAGCUUUGAUACAUUUGGAGAUUUGCAGAAACUUUAGCAGGUUGCUGCCGGCAGGUUUUGCUCUGAUCUGCUGGCAGCAGAGCAGAGAGGACACAGCUGUGGGUGCCCCUCAUCUUUUUCCAUGGUGGUCGUGGCCACUCCUGCUGCUGCUUUCCCCCUCCUCCUGGAGCUGACUGCUCUGACUCCCCUGGGUUUUCCUCCCCAGCUCCACAGCUGGGACUGGGUGAGCUGCUCCUCGGUACGUUUCCUUCCCCCCCUGCUGACGUUUGGUGUCUCAGACAUUCCUACGGAGGUGUUUGGAAACCAACCCCCCGGGGAGGUUUGGGGCAGGACCCACAGGAACCCUGCUGAGCCCACCUGGGGGCCUCCUGUCCCACAAGGGUAGCAGCCUCGGGGGGUGUCCACACCCGUGGCAAUGCUUUGGCCACUGUCAUUUAUUUUGCUUGCCAGGUUUUGUGUUGCACUGACACCAGGUGUGUGUUUGUCCCUCGUGGGUGAGUCUGCACAGCAGCUUGGGCAGAGCUGUGGGUGGGGGACACAGUGUCCAGGCAGCUGCUGUCCCCAGCUGUGCUGUGGGCACUGCUGUCCUGGGCCACCUGCCAGCUCCUGGCCCCUUUUGGGUACUCACUUUUUUCUAGCAGGAUUGAUCUAGCAGAAUGUAACUUGUUCUUUUGUUUCCCCCCGUUUCCUUCAGACCCUGUUGGUGGUUCAGGGAAGGUUUGGUCCCCUGUGGAGGGACAGAGGUUGUACCAAGGGAAGGUUUGGUCCCUGCUGAAGGGACAGAGGUUGUCCCAUGUCCUGCAGCACAGCAGAAAGCAUCUUGGCUUUAAGUUCUUUGCCUUGUGCACAUGGCAACAAGAGCCCCUGGAAUGUAAGGGUAUCCGGGCAGCUGGAGGCCUUGCAGCAGAGGGUUGGGGGGCACAGGGGCUGCACAGGGCAUCAGUCAGGGUGCACAGUGACACCCUGGGGUCUUUGGGGUGACAGCAGGGUGUGGGUGACACGUGGAGGAGAGAUGUGUGCACCAGGGCCAUGGGAGAUGCCUUCUGCUCACCUGGGCCUUGAGCCUUUCUGAUCUCACCAGGUGGGGUUUGUGGUGGUUUUGGUUUUUUUUUCUGAUGGUUGUGAGGUCUUUUUAUGAAUAAGUAUUAAAAGACAGCCAUUCAUUUUGGUAAACUGAAACAAGAAGUUGUUGCAAGAGAAUUCCAUGGGUUUGUUUCUUAACCAAACUGUUUUACUGGUCUUCCAAAAUGUUGCUUUAAUUUGGGCAAAGGGAAUGUGUUUUCUUUUUCCUCCCAAGGAGCUGCUGUUCCAGUCACUGAACUCACUUUACUGCAAUUCUGUAUUUGUGUAUUGAAACGAUUUCUUACAAAAAACACCUCUGAAUAUAUUUGUGCUGGAAACCCACCUUGUUCAGUUGGUAUUCAGAGCAACUGUCUGGUUUUUUUUUAAUGUAUUUGUUCUUGAUUGUAAUUCAUGCAAGGAUAACUGCAUUAUUUAAUCUGCAUUAACAAAUCUCCUGUAAUGCUGCAGUUUCACUUUUAUUUUCCUUAAAAUUUGUCAUUAUCAUGGAAACAAUGUCACUUUUUGCAUUUUACUAAUUGUCUGGUCCAUGUUUUUUAAUUUAUCUUCACUAAUAGUAAUUUUUGGUUGUAUCAUUUGUUAGAAUAAAGACCAAAAUCAGCUGUUUGA